AUGAAAGCUUUACGUAACCUCCUUAAUAAAGACUAUGAAGAUUUUCUGUAACAAAAACAUGAAUAAAAUAAUCAAAAUAAGUUAAUAACUAAAAGAACUGUUGCAACUCGUGAAUCAGGAAGACCUAUUGGAUCACGAACUCAUUAAAGACUUUAAAAACCUGUAUCAGCAAGUUAAAGUAUGGGAAAUCUAUUUGGAAAUGUGAAAGGAAGUUUAUUCACAUCCCCUAAACAUUCCAUUUAAUAGGAAGCAAGUCCAUAUUUAACUGAAUAAUAAGAAAAAUUUUUAGUUAAGUAAUAUUGGAGAUCUUUACUUCGUUGGUAAGGAUUUGAUGAUUAUUUGUUCUUGAGGGAUCCAUUAAAUAUAAAACAUAUAAAAGGGAGGGAUAUUUUAACAAAGAAUGAUGUAGUUGAAGAAUUGAAUUCAUAAAAUAUGCAUAUGUAAGUAAUGUAUUAGGCAGACAGUGGGAUGCAAGAGUAUAAAGAUUAACAUAGAAGAUUAUAAAUGCAAUAAUUAUAGAAAUUAUAUUAACCAGGAGAAGCUAAUUAUUAGAAAUUUAAUCCAGAUAAAUAUAAAUAAACAUUUUUUGGUGGGAGAGAUGUAGCUAAAUUAUAAUAGAUAGUGUUUGAGAAUCCUAAAUUUGUAGAGUUUAUAGAAAAGAUAUAAAAAUUAUUAUAGAUUAUGAAUGAAAAGAUGGUUGUUGAGGAAGUGAAUUAAAUUUCACCUAUUGGAGAGAGAAUGAUUAGAUUAUUAUGGAAAAUAGGAUGUUUAAAUAUGUUUUUAGUUGGUUAUUAUAUUCAUAAUAUGAUAUUGGAGAUAUAUGGUAAAGAGAAAUUGGCAUAUUCAAAUUGGAAAAAGGUAUUGAGAAUUUGUAAUAUGCAAGGAAAUCAUUGUCAUAAAUAUAAAUUAAUAGCUUAUAAACACAUAUCUAAGAUUUGUAUAAAACUUUAAUAAUAUGAUAAAAGUUUAAUUUAUCUUAAGAAAAUGCUUAAAUUAUCAUGGAUAGUUAAUGAUACUAAUUAUGAAAUAUUUACAUAUGAUAAAAUAUCAUUAUGUUAUUAUUACAAAUAAGAUAUGAAUAAAGCUAUUUAUUAUCAUGAGAAAUUUGCAUAAGGGGAAUAUGAAGAACCAGGUAAAGGUAUGAGAAAUGUAGGUGAAGCAGCAUAUUUAUUAGAUGCUAAAACAAAAGAAGGAUUUAUUGAUCAAAAUUCUUAUUCUGAAGAUGAAUAUGAUUUAGAUGUAUUGUUAUAGAAUGGAAAUCUUAAUAAAUGGGAAACUGAAAAUAAGAGGAAAGAUCUUAAAAUAUUAGUCAAGAAAAUACCUAUAGAAUAUAAAAAAGGACAUAGUUUUGGUAAAAUACAUAGACCAACUAAUAAUGUCAUUGAUUUUAAACAUGCUAUGUUAAUACUACAUUAAUUUUAAAAUAAAUAAUCAAUUCCAUUAGGUCCUAUUUAUUAAAAAGAAGAAGUAGAUUAGUAAGAGUCAACUGCUAAAAAGUUUAAAAAGAAAGACUAAACACAAUCAUGUCAAUAUUUAUUUAAUUAAAAGAGCACAAAUAGAGUUGCAUCUAACUUUUUAUUACAAGAAGAAAUUAAAGAGUAAACUACUGGUGAUAAUUUAUGUUUUAAACCAUCUGAAAAUGUUUACUAUAUCAAAAAAAUGAUCAGAGUCUUUUAAUAUGAUCUUAAGUAUUUAUUAUAGAAACAAUCUCUUUUUAAAAACUCCACUGAUUGUAUAUGA